AUGGAAAUAUGCAUCUCCCCCUAUUUGCCACAUUUGAUCUGGCUUUGGGGCAAAGGGCUCUCUCCGAUUCAGACACGGAAGGUUGUGUUUCCGAGGUUGUUUGGCUCUCUGGGUAGAAGGGCUCUCUCCGAUUCAGAAUUGGAAGACAAGUGGCUGGACGAAUGCUCUGAUGAGGAGGAGGAAGGGUGGGAGGAUGAAGGCGAUGAAGGGGGAGGAUCGGAUGAAAUCCCAGCGGCUGAGACGGGAGAACCUGUGGCUUUGCAGACACUAGAAGAGUUGAGAGGCCUCAUGACUCUUGGCGUGGAAACGACAUCGUGUUUACGCGUUGAAUAUAGGGGUUUUAUGCUUCUGUUGCUGUUGACAAUCAGCACGCAGGAGCUGGCUUUGUAUGGGAUCCAUUCAACUCCCGAAGUAGAGGUGGAGCGGCAGAGGACAUUGGAUUUCAUUGUGGAGAAGGGACGAAGGGCUCUGGCAGAACUAGAUGUUUGUGACCAGAGCUCGAAUGCUGCAAGCAAAGCGGAAGGGAUGUUAAAAAUCUUGGAGGAAUUUAGGACUCCCCGACCAGGGUCAAACGCUGGGGAGCUGGCUGUGCAAGCAAAACUCUCCGAGUAUAGAAUUUCACAGUGUAGAGACUCACUGCAACAGCUGCAACAUUGGGUGCAAAACUCCCUUCCGAUCCCUGAAGCUGUAAGCAAGCGAGCCCUCAGAAUUGUUAUUAGUACGAGAAUAGCAGGAAAAUCAAAAAUCAUGGGACACAUGAAUACGAAGUCCUGGGUGGAGGAGCUGCAACGGCAGCAUAAUUUCUUUGAGAUUAUCGAACCACGCCCCCAAGGUACACGGUUAACUCCCCGUACAUCAUUCAGAAAGGAAAUUCGAAGAGUGGAGAAGAGUUAUACAAGACUUGCAAGAUUACUAGCUGAAGACGUCAGAGCCGCUCUGAACCAGCAGCCAGCGGAACUGCGCCUGAAGGGGCAGCAUCAGCAAGGGGAGCAUCGACAGCAGCAGGACCGGCAAUCGCUCCAGCCGCAACAUCAUCAAUUGACCCAACAGACUGCCGUGAACAUUGCUGGAACUGGCUCCGUCCUCCGACCUGCUGAGGAACCGGCCAAUCUAGGAAAUUUUGUAGGCGUAAUGUCUUCGCAUGCUUCCCGGUACCCUCCUCAUGCUCGCCACCGACCCAUGCGGACACGAAUGCCCUCUUGGCUACGCCCUCCCAUGCGUCAAUCCACUCAGCCUCCCCGGCACGACCCGCGACAGCAUAGUCCCCCCACCCAUCCAGAGCGUUGGUAUCUGCCCCAUUGUCCCGUGGGCAUCGGUCCUCCUCUCGACCCGCUGAUCCUUCUACGGCUGUGCAGAGCUAUUUCGACAUUCCACGUCCGCCGACACUGCCCACUCAGCACCAGAGUGGUUAUCCCCAAAUGA